AUGGACGACAAGCAGCCCGCCGGCGAGGAGCACUACAGCCUGCGCUGGAACAACCACCAGGCGCACCUGCUGCGCUCCUUCGAGGCGCUGCUGCACGCCGAGACACUGGUGGACGUCACGCUCGUGUGCGCCGAGAGGAGGGUGCGCGCACACAAGGUGCUGCUGGGAGCGUGCAGCCCGCUCUUCAGGAGGAUAUUCAGCGAGAACCCGUGCAAACACCCGGUGAUCGUGCUCAAAGACUUUCAAGGAUGGGAGGUGCAGGCGGUCGUGGACUUCAUGUACCGCGGGGAGGUGUCCGUGGCGCAGGAGCAGCUGGAGACAGUGAUCCGCGCGGGGGAGUCGCUGCAGGUCCGCGGCCUGGCCGACCAGGAGGCCGCCGAGUGCGGGGAGUCGGAGAGGUCGCCGGCCGGGAGCCCGCCGACUGGGACGGCGGCCGCGUCACCGCCCGCCAGCCCGCACAGUCCGCAGCCUCGCCGCAAGCAGGCGCGCCCUAGGAGACGCUCCGGGGAGUCGGACACGCCGGAGAACCUGUCCAUGAGACGGUCACCGGGUGGACUGAAGGCGGUGCGGCUCGCGCGAGGACGGUCCCCGCACAAGCAGGAGAACGAGGAGCCGGAGACGGAGGCCCCGCCGCCACCACGGAUGUUCCAGCCGCACCAGGACAUGUUCCCCCCGGUGCCGCCGCCCGCUGUAUCAGCCCUGUCUCUCACACCACCUCACAUGUUCGGCAUGGAGUCCCCCCUGGGCCUCUUCCCCCCGGGCCUCGAACACAAGAUGUACCCCCUCAUGGACGUGGAACAUCGCGCGCCACCUCUCGAUGCACAACUCUUCACCAACGUCAAGAAGAAAUGGCGACCUAAGGGCCAGCACAGCGCCCCGCGCGGAGGACCACCUCGCUCCUGGACAAACGCUGAGCUAACAGAAGCCCUGCAACACGUAUGGAACAAGAAGAUGACUACGAGCCAAGCGUCAAGGAUAUUCGGCAUCCCAUACAACUCACUGCUGAUGUACGUGAGAGGUAAAUACGGGAAGAGCCUCAAGCUGGAGCAGUUACGGAAGGACUGCAUCGGAGGACCCCUUGAAGUACUGAACUUGAACUCAGGAAACAACAACAACAACCACCCGAGCAAGCAUCACGAUAAGGACGAACAGCACAGCGCGAGCCAGCGGCCGGCCAGCUCGGAGCCAGACAUCCCCGGCAUGUUCAAUCCCUUCCAACAAGGGUUCUACCCAGAGUUCCCCCCGGGGUUCCCCAUGCCGCUGAACAUGUUGCACUUACUGCCUCCCAGCGAGAAGGCUCGCGAGUUGUACCAGUCGAUGCCUAUGGCGUUGGACUCGCUGUCCGCCGCCAAGGAGGAGGACUGUAAGAGCGACCGCUCUAAGGAGAACUCGGCGGACGAGGAGAGUGACUCGUUCAGGACGCACGCACCCCUCCCACCACACCCGGCGCCGCCUCUACUGCAUCAUAACGGACAGGACUAG